AUGGUUAUGGAAAAUAAGUCACCGUUUGAAAAGUUUCCUCAGGUGUACGUUCAGACGCCGCUGAUUGAGAGUAUUUCCAUGCGUCAGUAUGCUGCUGGUCAUCGAAUUUUCAUCAAAGCAGAAAACUGCCAACCAUCUGGAAGCUUCAAGUUAAGAGGCAUUUCAGCUCAGGUGAAAGAUGCUAAAGUCAAUGGGUACACUAAAAUAGUGAUGGCAUCAGAUGGAAAUGCCGGUCUGGCGGCUGCCUACUCAGCACUGCAGCUGUCAAUGGACUGCCACAUUGUCGCCCCUCACAAGACGCCCAAAUCGACAGUUGACAGCAUGAAACAGUUUGGCGCCACUGUGGAGAUAUUCAGCGAUUCGGAGACAGAAGUGGCGGAGAGGGCUCAACUCUUCGCCAAGCUGAACACUUCUGCGCUGAUUGAGGCCAGUGACAGCAAGCUCGCCUGGCGUGCCAACUCGCUCAUCAUCGAAGAAGUAGCCAGUGACCUGGGAGCCGGUGUGGUUCCCUCGCUCAUCGUCGCCAACUGCGGCGGCGGUGGGCUAGUGUGCGGUCUGGUGGAGGGCAUUCGCAAGCGUGGCUGGGAGCAAAAGACAAAAAUACUGGUCAUGGAAACGACCGGCACCGGUUCCUUUAAUGCCAUGGUUCGGGCGCAGGGAAAGUGCGUCAAGCUGGAGCCAAACAGCAUGCACUCCAGCAUUGCCUGCUCUCUGAAGGAGCCACAAGUCAUUGAGAAGGUGUCGCAGUGCUUUCUCGAAUCAAAGCCACCCCUCUUGUCGCGUUUGGUGGCUGAUAAGGACGCCGUGGCCGCCUGCCUACGCUUUGCCAAUGAUCAUCGAUUUUUAGUCGGUCCGGCCUGCGGCACUACACUGGCGGCAGUGUACGGCGGUGUAGUAAAGCGAUUACUCACUAACGAUGAAUCGGAACACGAGACGAUUUUUGAUAGGAUCGAUCAUGAGGACUUCAACCACGGCAACGAUGGCCCAGUUGUUGUCAUCGUCGACGGCGGUGCGGAGAUAUCACUUGAAGUACUUGCCGAAUAUAAACGACAGUUUGCCCUCUAA